AUGCCCCCCCAAAUCAAGCACGACCUCAACCGCUCCGGCUGGGAAACCACCGACUUCCCCUCCGUCUGCGAGCGCUGCCUCCCCGACAGUCCCUACGUACAGAUGCUAAAAGAAGACCACGGCGCCGAGUGCAAGAUCUGCACGCGACCCUUCACAAUCUUCCGCUUCAAAGCCGACCGCACCGCCCGCCAAAAGCGCACCAACAUCUGCCUGACCUGCGCGCGCCUCAAGAACUGCUGCCAGUGCUGCAUGCUGGACCUCUCCUUCGGCCUGCCGCUGCCGGUCAGGGACGCCGCGCUCAAGAUGGUGGCCCCGGGCCCGGAGAGCGCGGUCAAUAGGGAGUACUAUGCCCAGGAGCAUGAGAAGGAGAUUGAAGAGGGACGAGGGGCCGUAGAGGCGUAUGAGAAGACGGAUGAGAAGGCCAGGGAGCUGCUCAGGAGGCUGGCGAAUAGUGAGCCGUACUACAAGAGGCAGAGGAGGCUGGAUGCGGCUGCUGAAGAGGAGGGCGGGCAGAAGCUGCUGGGUGCGCCGGAGGGCGCGGAGGCGAGCCAUACGCCGGGGCCGAUCAGGACGAGAGAUUCGAGGCCGGUGGGUGUGGGCGGGGCGAGAGGACCUGCGAGGGGUGGACGCGGUGGUGCGAGAGGGGGGCGCGCUUUUCCGAGCGUUGCACAGCUGCCGCCGCAGCCGCAGGAUAUACUGCCGCCGACGGACCCGAACAUCACGUCGCUGUUCGUCACGGGUGUUGAGGACGAUCUUCCGGAGCACGAACUGCGCACAUACUUCUCCAAAUUCGGCCCGCUCAGAUCGGUGGUUUGCUCCCACCGGGCUCACUCGGCGUUCAUGAACUACGCAACACGACAAGGGGCAGAGGCAGCAGCAGAGGCGUGUCAGGGCAAGGCUGUGGUCAAGGGAGUGCCGCUUCGCGUACAAUGGGGACGGCCGAAGCCAUUGGACACAUUGGAGCGAGAGGAGAGGAUGGCUCACGCCAGGGAGGGAAGGGAAACGGUCAAGGCGAUAGCAGCCGCAUCGGGUGGAAACAUCGGCGGUGCACAAGGAGGCGCGUUACCAGCAGCUGCCGCCGCGCAAGACGACCUCGACAGUCUGAGCGCAUUGGCGCCUCCGCCAGGAGUGGACGAUGUACACUAUGCUAGUCUGGCUGGGAAUUAG